AUGUUUCUGCUUUUGAUGAUACAAUUAUUAAUUAACGUUGCAAGUGAUUCUGAAAGCACGAAAAGAGAUUACAAUGGCCAUCUUGAUAUUAAUAACUACUUUUCAUUUGUGGUAUGCAUAGAAACGCAUGGUAAGACUCCAGAACCUAUCAAAUUUUGCACAGGCAGCCUUAUCAAAAGUAAUUGGGUAAUAACUGCAGCCCAUUGCCUAGUACAUGAAAAUGUAACUGUCUCUUACGGCAACACUAUUUCACGACAAUUAGAAAUGAAGGCCAGCGUACUUAAGCAAAUAAAACAUCCACAACAUAAGAUGAUGCGUAACAAAGAAUAUUGGUCUGUUACCGACGACAUAGGACUGAUCAAAGUUGAAAAAAUUCCAAUUAAUCCUUUGGCCAAACUAUCCAGUGUUGACUAUAAAGAAUUCACAGAGUCACCAGUUGUGUUUGCGGGAUAUGGAUUUACUUGGAUGCAAAGAGCUAUAGAUUCUGUUGAUCUAAUAAGUCAAAUUAAAGCAAUAGAUUCCACACCAUUACUUGUUGGACAAGGAGAGACAAUCGAAUGUAACUUAGAAGUAGUAUGGCAUCCAAGUAUAUGUGUCAACUCAGAACAAAAAAUGCGCCGGGUUGCAGAUCCUGGAGGUCCUCUUAUACACAAUGGUACCAUAAUUGGCAUUUUCAGUGGUAGCUCUGGUAAUAAGAUGGUUUAUGUUCCCGUUAGCCUUUAUUUAGUAUGGAUGCGUCAGGUAAUGUUAAGAGACAAAAAAGAGCAACAAAAAUUGCGAGAUGGUGAUAAAACAUACAAUGAUAAAUAUGAAGCGUCUAUGAAUGUAACAAUUGAAAUUGAAUUGUAGAAAAUUGGAGUGCCACAGGGCUGCAUUUUAGGACCAAUGUGUUUUAACAUGGACAGUAAGUUGAAACAUCAAAAUGUCACAGU